AUGCCACUUGAUAAUUACGGUGUCUGGAAAGCUACCCCUGUAUGCUACAAAGUUGAAUACAAGGAGGAUGACAGCAAAAGCCCGCAUUUAUCACUAUACUUCAGUGAUAAAGGUGGACUAAGCCACCAUUCUGGAAAAAAGUUUCGUCGGGCCAGCCGAGACAACAAAGAAAUCCCAGGGCUCUUCAGAGCAGCAAUUAAUAUCAAGUCGGGUGACCAGAAUGAAUCGAGACUCACCUACUGGGUGAAUCAUGACUUCAAACACCCGAUGGUCAACAGUCUCGCCGACCUAUCUUCGGACUUUCAUCCCCUCGAAGAAACGGAGCCGACACCUGCUGGUGUGAGACUCGACUUUAUCCGGAGCAACUUAUUCAACGUCAACACGGGUCGAAUUUUACCCCAUGACGAACCAGGCUUGAACAACGAUAUCAUUGACGUUCUAGAACCUGAAGUCAAACAGGCGAUUGAUUCCGAGGCCGUUAUUUACCUAUUCGGAGAAGCGUUCAGUGAUCGAAAGGGUAUUCAUAAUGUGCAUAUGAACCAAGGCAAUGUUAAGCGAUUCAGAAAUGAUGAUGGUGUGUUCCAAGAUGGUGGACUUUUGAUCAACUAUCCAGACUCAGGUCGAUGGGUUGGGGUGUUUCUCGGGUUCGCAUCACAAGCUGCGCACACCGAUGAUGACACAGGGCAUGCCAUACCAUCAUCAGAGACUUGGGCCGACUAUUUAGAGACAGCGAAGGGAGAAGUCGAGCUGACCGAGGACUCUGUGAUCAUUGAUGAGGCUUUGAUCAACCCCGAGCCAGGUGGGCUUCGAGCCAGGUCAGUCACUCUCAAAAAUCCCAAAGACCGUAAGAUGUCCUUGUCUUCCUGGAAAAUUAAGAAUUCAGCUGGGGAAAUCCAAAAAAUGCCGCGCAAUGCAGCUUUGGAUGCGAAGUCAACACAAGUUUUCAAUAUUCCGGAUGUCCAUCUCUCCAAAAUUGGUGAUACCAUCACACUGUUGAAUGAACGAGGAUUAAAAGUUGACGGGGUAAGCUAUCGCUCUCAACAGGGGGUUGGUAGACAACCGGUUGUUUUUGUUCAUUAA